GCGUGGAUUGUGCCACCGAGCUUCCAGAAAACUUGGAGCUUCUGUUCAUCGUCCCAUACAGCCGUUAUAAGAUCUACUUCAGGGAACUUUCGUAUUAAUUAUGUUUUAUGGCGUACGUUCUUCUCGAAAAAGAUCGGUGGCUAAAGCCAACCCCAGAUUUUUAAUGUUGCAUUUAAACCUUUACCAACGCACCACCAAUUUACUCUGUAUAUUCUUUAACGGGUGUGCUAAUUCACCAAAUUUAUUGGUAGUCUGAUGAAAAAUGUUUUGCACAGCUAGUUAAUCGUCUCUGUCAAGCAAAGUAAAUGACUGUUUCAAAAUUGGUGGAGAUCGAUAAUAUACACACAUUCGUGCACGGUGGAAUACCUACGCACAGAUUUUUAUUUGGUCGGAGACUUGCGGGUCUUAGCAACGAAGUUCACAUCCUCAAUUUCGCUCAGGUAUGUCAGCAAUUGAUCAUUCUUCUUCUCUCCCAGGAAUGGAUUCUACUGUGCUUCUGGUCUCUGCAGGCCUUUUUGCAGCCUUGUAUGCAUUUGGGUACUUUGUAGUCUUCAGAAAUUGGAAGGGCAAAAACAGGUUUGAGGCCGCAAGUUGUGGGAUUUCAAUGGUUCAUGCAACUGCCUCCUGCCUUCUCUCUGUUUAUGACAUGCUGAAGAACCCAUGGAAACUUGAUGCACCAAAUACGUAUUUGGAAAACAGAAUCAUGGAAUUCAGCGUUGCAUAUUUCGCAGUAGAUUUGCUCCAUUAUUUGCUGGUGAACCCAUCUGAUUACCUCUACAUUUUUCACCACACUGCAACUUCAUUCUACAUGCUGUCUUGUAGAUAUUUCACUGGCCAUGGAGCUCUCUCUGCCAUAUCUCUCAUAGCUGCGGGGGAGGCCACUAGCCCAUUUCAGAAUGUAUGGACUGUUUCUAGGAUGGCUAGAACAGGGUCGGCAUUGGCAAAUCGGAUCUACACUUCACUUUCUCCAUUUUUCACUGUCUAUUUUACUAUCAUGAGAUGCAUCGUUGGGCCUUAUUUGACAUGGAAGUUAGCCGCCUUUUACUUUGCUGGUAAGGCAGAUGCAGUUAUUCCUCGUUGGCUGGCUUAUUCUUGGAUGAUUACUGUUAUUUUGGCCAUUUUUGGGAGUGCUAUUUGGGUUUACAAGCUCUGGACCGGGCUUAUCCGUUUCUAUUCAAGGAAGGAAAAGGCCAGAACCCAGAAGCUAGAGUAGGUAGACAUGGAACUUGUUACCCGAGUGCUGAAUUCCUCUAAUUUUGGUUGAAAUAAGAUUAAUCUGUGUAAUUUUAUAGCAUUGAGGCUUAUAAGUUGAUAGAUGAUAGGCAAGGUUGGUUUCUGGCCUAUCUUGAAUCAUGUCGCCAUAUUCAACAAAGUGUAUGAGUAGUAAGUAUGCGAAUCAAUAGGAAUUAGGACAUGUGCCAUGCGGCACUCUUAAAAAUCUUAUGCUUUAGAUUAAAUAAUUAUAUUAUUGCUCUGAAGCGAAGUGCCAAAUUGCAUAAUUAGCAUACGAUCGAGUUAGAAUUAAUGCAUGCGAAUAGGCCAUUCAAUUGUAUAAAUUUUAGAGAAUUCUGUUAUUUAUUUCAAGUCAGUUAACAAACUGUAUAAGUAAUAUUUGAUUCAAUUGGGAUUAGUACAAGGUGUUUUUCAA